GCCCUUUCGGCCAAUCAUAGCAUCCACUCGUAUCACGUGAUACAUUUUCCAGCAAUCGGUGACAGCCAGCUGGCAUCUGCUAGGAUCUCCUACUCCCAUCUUCUACGUCCGGCUCGUUGCGGUUUUGAGAGAAUGCCGACCACCGGGCGGCCGGCGCAAUUCAUAAUGGUGGUCGUGGUUGCAGCAAGCACUGAGCAGGCAAUGGCAUGUUUGGGGUUUUCACGGUGAUUUUGCACCUCGCGCAAGGGAUGAAAGUACGGUAAUUACCCCAGCUCACAGUGAUACAGCAUGUAUGUUGGCUGUCAGCACGCUGAAUUGGCAUGGCCGGUUGCAAGUUAGCGACGGCUGAAGACAGUAGUAUUUGGGUGGACGUGGUAAAAUGUAUGCGAGCUGCAGAUAAGGUCUCACUUGGGUUACCACGGGUGGACGAAUGAAAAUAACUGAUGCGCGUGGUGUAUGAGCACGACAGCAGUUAUUGAGACCCAGACUGGAAGGUAAUAUGGAAGCAACUGCGGUGAGAAGAGGGGGAUUUCUGCCAGGAUUGCCUGCCACGUCCAGCAACGGCAGCUCUUACACCAGGCCGAAGCAUGUGGGCGCAAUGGGUAUCCAUGCAGAGAAAGCACAUCUGCAACGAGUCUCCACAUUGGCCCAGGUGGUGUCUAACGCUACUCAGAGCGGUGCUGAUCCCCGGCUCUGUGCUCUGGCCCUGCAAGACUUGGUUUCACCAGACGCCCAGGUUGGAAAGUACAAGCUAGGAAAGUACAGGGUCAAGAAGGGUGACACGCUCUCCGACCUGUCCCGCAAAUGCGGCCUGCCUGUGGAGGAGCUAGCGGAGCUGAACGAACUAGAGGAUCCGAAUCUGAUCCAGGCAGGGGCACAGAUCCUGCUCGCCUUUCCGAGGCAGUUCAUCGAGGAGCUGGCGCAGAGUGUGCCCUCGCGCCCGAGAGAAGGGGCCACGGAAGCAGCGCAAGGGCCGCGCUUGACAGUGCGUGUCAGCGAGAGGAGAGAGGGGAGUGCAAAGGUGCACGAAGCCCCUGUGCUGGAGCGGGAAAGAAUAUCCACAGCCACACCCUCGCAACCUGUACAAUCUACGUCCGACUCUCAACACUUACGGGGCGAGGCCGCUUGGUCUACCACGGCGGCCCCGGGGGUGGCUGGACUGCGCACCCCUGCAUACACUGUCAGCGUGAACUCCGUCAGAGUGCCUCGGAUGGGGUAUAGAUUGUCAUCUCAGUGGGCGUCUCUGGGCGCCCUUCUACUCAUAGUCGCGGCCUCAAGCCUUCUCCUCCGCCUGGGGUCGGAUCGGCUAUGGGGGGCGUAUGUUUCCGUUGGGUCGCAUCUGGCAGAGCGGAAACUUAGGGAGAAGGACCGGAGGGCCGCCUUGGAAGCUGCCAAGGAGGCCAAGAAAGCUGAGGCGCAGCGGAUGAAAAACUGGUGGUACGCGGUGGUGGAUGACGACAGGAAGGCGGCCCAGCUGGCGCCCGAUGCCGUCAACGGAAGCGUACGGUCGAGGCUCCCAUCCGAACCUAGUAUCGGGAAGCAAGCAAGGGAGAUCGAGCAGAAACGCUUAGAAGAGGAGUACAACACUUUCAUUCGUAAGAUCAAGGUAAAAGAAAAAGAUGACGGGCUCAUAGGGUGAGGAUAUACCCCUGUUCAAGAUCAGGAUUCGUAUGUCUUUGCCAGUCAACGAAAGCAGGCCUUAUUGUACAGCAGAACAUCAACGUAUAUUGUAGGAUUGGUUGCGACCGCUUAUUAGGAAACAGGUUGACCGUCUUGUUCAAAUCUCUGCUCUCAGAAUCCGCAUGCAUGUUGUAGGAAGAAGGUAAUGGUAGAACGUGCUGCUAUGAUAUGUGGCCGCAAUUCGACUUGCAAGAUAUUGACGACAAGAAAAUUGAUUGCUAACGUAAAAGGUUUGGACUAAAGGUGAGUUGCACAGCUGCCC